AUGUCUGCGCCAAAUCAGUCUGCGGCAGAAAUGCUGCCUAGACUUGAACAGGUUCGUCGAGUCUGCCUCGAGGACCCCAAUCAGUAUAGUUCAGUUGUGACUGGAGUAGUUCCCAUCCUCCAAGGUCAGCACGCCGUCGAAGUACGAAGAUGGGGAGCGGAAUUUAUUGCAGAAGUCUUUGCGACCCCAGCCUUGCCAGGGCAACAGAAAGAGCAGAUGAUAUCGGAUAUGGUAAUGACUUUGCUACGACGCAUGCUUGAUACACCCAAUGAGGAUACAACUGUGGUCAAGACUGCUAUCCAAGCUUGUGCCAGUAUAUAUCCCUAUAUGUUUCGGAAAGUAAUUGCUCAGCCCGACCUUUCUCUGUUCUGGCAUGACAUGACCGCUAUUAAACAGAAUAUAUUGCAAAGGAUGGAUGUUGCGCCUAUGCCUAUCCGCAUAGCGAGCAUCAAAUUCCUGCAAAAGGUGGUACAGGUUCAGACACCAGGACUUAUAGCCGAUCCAAGAAGACCGGAGCACAACGAGACCUCAAUAUCGCUAGUGCCCAGAAACCACCCAUUACUUCCAUUACCCAAUCUCGAGGCCGAAACAUCAGGAAUACUUGACAGGCUCCUGACUGUGAUACAAGACAACUCAAUUGAUCCAUUGCUGGUUGAUGCCACCAUGAACAGUUUAGCAGUUUUGAUCAAAACACGUCCCGCUAUACAAACCAAGAUACUGUUGACCGUGCUGAACUACAAUCCGUUACGUGCCGCUGGUGGUCCGAUGACUGCUCGCCAGAUUGUCGUAAUAAAGUCUCUUCAAAGGACAACCAGAGCACUCUUGCGCUUUGUCAUGCGGAUAAUGCCCCAGCAUCCACUUGCUGAGAAGAUCGACCUUUACCUGCGACGCUUGCAAAGCAAUACAGUCAACGUCUUCACCCAGGCACAGUCUCUGAAACGACCAGCUGAUUCGGUCGACGAGAUCGACGCUGUAAAACGACAGAAGUUAGAGCCGGUGCGAAGAUUCCCAUCCAUGGCUUCUCCUCCCGUUUCAUAUGCUCAACUCUACACCUUGAUUGAUAACCCGGACUUCCAACAAUUUGACGUCAAAAUCUUGCGUGAAGACAUCGUUAGCAUGAUCUCGAGUAUGCUUAUGCAACAUGUCGACUCAAAAUCGUUGGACGAAGCAAUUGCGGAGGUACAGCAGAGGUAUCAAACACUUCAAGAAGCCGCUAGAAAGUCAGCCGGCAUUACCGCUGAAGACGACGAUGACUAUGACCCCGAGGCGUUGUCCAGCUCAGAUAAUAUGGUCUCUGGUGGACCGCAAUCUCUAGAGGAUGUGUUACCACAGCCAGCGCUGGAAUUGGGGCCUGUCGAGUUACCCAAACCAGAACCUCUGAACGAAACAGAGCUAAACAUGCUUACAAUGCAGACAGUCGCGCAUGUUUUCGAGACUGCCCUAUCUUCCGAACAGAAUUCAAGCGUCCUUCGGCAGAAGCUAGGUAUCAAUCGACUAGCAGGAAGCUCGAACGACAAAGAUUCGUGGUUGACCCUCUUCACCAGGCUUGCGACGCGUGCACCUGCCGGACUCCACUCUCUCAUUGAGAGCGAAGUGGAUCUCGACGACCAACCUAUUGAGACAGGACCUUCUCCAGACCAUCCCAAUGCUGCGAACCUGAUCCGUCGCCAGUUGUUCGAUUAUGUCUUGGAUGAUUGGAAGCACCGUCUCUCUCUGGGACUCACCUGGCUGACAGAAGAAUGGUAUGCCGACAAAAUCCAAGUCAUUGGAACGGCUAAUGGCGACGCACCGACGACAAAGACUGACUCUAGAACGCCACAUUAUGACUACUGGACCAGGGAACUUUUUCAGACUCUGAUUCCUCGCUUCGACAAGGACGACCAUCGGAUAUUGAUACGCUUUCUUUCCGAACUGCCUUCGCUGAACCAUAAUAUUCUGUCGAUAGUCAGGCCUCUGACUCGCGAUCCAGCGACCGUUGAUAUCUGCAAGAAGGCACUACAAUAUCUAUACUUGAUGCGACCGCCAGUACGAGAGCUCGUGGUUGACACGAUGGAGGAUAUUUGGCGAGAAGGCGAUGACGAUGUAAAAUCGACGAUGGGGCCUCUACUGCAGAAGUGGAGGCCUGGCUUUCUGGAACAGGCGGUGGAAGAAACUAAAAAGGAGAUUGAAGAUACUAGAACGUUUCCAAAUGGUGUGAAAGGCGAGGAUUCUGUGGUAGCUACUACUUGA